AUGGAGUCCCCCACCAGUACCAUCAAGAGCCCAACAGAUCAAACCUCCAUAAAUCUGAAGAAAACCCACCAUCAUAAGACGAUGAUCACAUGUACUCUAGUCGUCGUCUCUCUCACCCUCAUCACAAUACUCCUCACUUCACUCCUCACAAGAAGACAUCACUCUUCUCCUCCUACACAAACAAAGGAUGGUCACUCAUCAUCAUCAUCAUCUUCACCACUACUCCGUCCCAUCAUCUUCAUCAAGAAAGCUUGCUCAAACACUCUCUACCCUUCUUUAUGCUUCAACACCCUCUCUUCUCUUCCUCUCUCCAACAUCAACUCCACAACCCUCCAUCACAUUCUUGAAUUUGCCAUCAAUCGAACAAUGAAUCGGGUCGCAAAAGCUCGACAUGUUGUGGGUUUUUUAACCCUUCAAGAAUUGAAUUCUCAGGAAAAGAAUGCUCUGAAAGAUUGCUUGGAGAUGUUGGACCAAACCCUUUAUGAACUUGGACAAGCCAUUGAUGAGUUGGUUAUGUACUCUGCUUCAAUGGGUCAUCAUCGUCAUCGUCAUCGAUCAUAUGGUAAUCUCAAAACCCUACUCAGUGCGGCCAUGACAAACGAGAACACUUGCAUUGAUGGGUUCUCUGAUUUGGAAACUUUAAAAGGUCAAAAGGGUGGUCACAAACAGUAUCUCCAAAACUUCUUGACUCCUAUCUCUCGCAUGAUCAGCAAUUGCUUGGCCAUUAUCAAACACAUGGAGACUAUAAAUCAUGAAGAUCAAACCCUCGACAAUCAAAAUUUGUUGAUUAACAGGGUCCCAGAAAAUGAGUUCCAAGCAUGGAUGAUGACAAGUGAUCAUAGAAAGGCGAUGAAAAGUGCAUUCAGAAUUAGGCCAAAUGUUGUCGUUGCCAGAGAUGGGAGUGGAAAAUACAGUACAAUUGGAGAGGCUGUGAGUAUGGCGCCAAACGCUAGCGAAAACCGUUAUGUGAUUAAAAUCAAGGCAGGAACAUACAAGGAGAAUGUGGAGAUCCCCAGGGAGAAGGUUAACAUCAUGUUGAUCGGAGAUGGGAUGAAUUCAACGGUGAUCACGGGGUCUAGAAACUUUGUUGAUGGAUGUUCCGCUUUCAAUUCAGCUACCUUAACUGUGGUUGGAGACAAGUUCUUGGCUAGGGACCUCACAAUCAUGAACACAGCAGGUCCCAGGAAGCACCAGGCAGUUGCUCUAAGAGUGAAUUCCAAUGCUGCCUUCUAUCGUUGUAACUUCACUUCCUAUCAGGACACCCUUUAUACUCAUUCACUGCGCCAAUUUUAUCGCGAAUGCACAAUCCAAGGCACCAUUGAUUUCAUCUUUGGAAAUGCUGAGGCAAUCUUUCAAAACUGCCUCAUACUUGUUCGUAAACCCAUCACUGGUCAGAAGAACAUGAUCACUGCUCAGGGGAGAGAGGAUCCUAAUCAGAAUACUGGCAUAUCAUUGCAGAACUGCACCAUAGUUGCUGCACCAGACCUUGCUGCUACAGAGAGGGGAAACGUUACGACAUUCCUGGGGAGGCCAUGGAGGAACUAUUCGAGGACUAUGAUCAUGAAGAGCUAUUUGGGGGACCUGAUACACCCACGAGGUUGGUUUAAGUGGGAUAAAUAUAGCACUUUAGACACCGUAGAGUACAUCGAAUGCAUGAAUUUCGGACCUGGAUCAGACACCAGAAGAAGAGUUAAAUGGCCAGGCUUUACAAAGAAUUGCAGUGAAGACAUAGCAAGGAAAUUUACGGUGGGGGAAUUCUUACAUGGUAGAGAUGAUUGGUUAGAGUCCACAGGUUUUCCUAUUUUUGAUGGUUCAUAA